AUGAGAAAUAAGAACUUCGGGAUAUGUUGUAGAUUUGGAUAUUUAAAUGACGGCCUUAUCCGUUCCCGUCCAUGUGCCCCACUCUGUCGCCCUCAAUGCCAACGCGAAUGCACUUCAAAAUAUGUUGAAGAACGUCAAUCGCCUUUCUCAACAUUUUCGGGAAGGAAAAGAGAAUUUAAUAGACAAAAAGGAUUUUGGGAUAAUUUGAAUAGGAAGAAAAUUUUGAAUGAAAGAAAUAAUCGAGUAUUUCCCCCACAUUAUAUUUUGCCCUUAAAUGAAGGUUUAAAUGAAGAGAAAAAUAAAGAAAUUAAUAAAGAAGAAAAUAAAAUUAUUAAUUAUGAUAAUGAGAAUAAAUCAACAGAAUUAGUAAGCCUUCAAAACGAACAAAAUCGGACUGAAACUAUUGGGUAAGUUUUUCUUCUUCUUUAGCUUCUAAAAGACUUCCUCCAAUUUUUCUAUGUAUCUCCUCUCUCAAUAUUUUUUGGGCAAAAAAGGGAAGAAAAUAAAUGCGAACUUUCGAAAAAUGAAAAGGCAAAACAAAAACAUAAUUUCAGUUAAUUUAUGAAAACCUCUAUUUAGUGGACACUACUCAGUGGGCACUUAUUUUCUAUUUAGUGGACACCUACUCUCUAUUUAUUGGACACUUACUCUUAAUUUAGUGGACACUUACUCUCUAUAUAAUGGUCCCCUUACUCUCUAUAUAGUUGACACUUUCUAUAUUAUGGACUCAUUGCUCUC